AUGACGACUUACAAGCCAGUAUGGGAUGCUCCCGACGACAUUCCUGCGCAGACAUGUAACUGUCAUUAUCCGAUCGGUCUCGUUAUCUUCUUGAUAUUCACCAUAUUCUCGCUGUUGGUGUGCAUUUGCGUUUGCUGUUUUGAUAUUACCAAAUGUGGUAAAAGAAAACAAAGUGCCGAAGCAGCGUUGCGCAAGGUCUCCAUCGAUCCAAGAUUGAUGGAUGCUACCAAAUUUAUAACUGAUCGAAAGUUGUCGCUUGACCCGCGCCUUCUCGAAUACAGUCAGCUAUUGAACUCGAGCAGCACGAGCUCGUCGUCGCAACAAUCACGUAGCAUCGAUAUUCCGUCGAAUCUCAUUUAUUCGACGGACACCUCGCUUGUAACCACCGUGUAG